AUGCAAACAAUACCCUCUUCAGCACGAUUACCUUCGCCACCUCUAUCCGAUACCAAUAGCGCGAGCCCACUAAAAAGCUCCGUCGAGGCCCUUGCCGAUUUGAUAACAUCAACCUAUCGAAUCUCCGAUAUCAACUUCUUCGUCAAUGGGCGUCCCGCUAUUGUGAAGAACCCCAACCCCGACUGGGUCCUUCUUGAUUGGCUCCGUUCACGAGAUGAUUUGAAAGGCACAAAGCUGGGAUGCGGCGAAGGCGGCUGUGGCGCAUGUACUGUUGUUUUGCAGACCAUCGAGUCAGACAAGCAGCUCAACCACCUCGCCGUCAACGCCUGCCUAUAUCCGCUCAUCGGAGUUGAUGGUAAAAGCCUUAUCACUAUUGAGGGACUCGGCACGGUCAAUCGUCCGCACCCACUGCAAGAGAGAAUUGCAAAAAUGCAUGGCUCACAAUGCGGGUUCUGUACUCCAGGCAUCGUCAUGAGCUUGUAUGCUCUGAUCAGAAACUCUUAUCGAAAUGGUAAAUUUUAUCUAACACAUUCCGACCUGGAGCUUCAGGGUCACCUCGAUGGAAACCUUUGCAGAUGCACUGGAUACAAGCCAAUCUUCGAAGCAGCCCGAACAUUUGUUGUCGAGGAUCUUAAAGGAGUUCUCGUCGAAGGGGAUAGUACUACGCAAAGUGAUCUUCCAAGUCCACCACCGUCAGAUGAUGAUGAUGAUGACGAUGAAACCCUUUUGCGUACUAUCAAUGAAUCUGGCUCCUGUGGUCGUCCAGGUGGCUGUUGUCGCGAUAAUCCCAAGGCAUCGGGCUGUGGCUCCACCCCGAGUACUGGAACAGAAUCGGAUUCCGAAUUAUUAGAAACUCCAGUAUCAGCACCGAAACUUAGUAAUACACCAAUCACGCCAGCAUCUCCAAGUGAGAUCAUAGCAAAGGAAGUAUUUGAACCGUACGAACCCGCCGCGGAACCCAUCUUUCCUCCGUCCCUUCGGAGGUACGAAGAACAACCAAUCUGCUACGGCGAUGAGCGCAAACUCUGGUUCAAGCCGACAAACUUACAACAGCUUGUCGAGUUGAAGUCUGUUUAUCCCUCAGCAAAAAUUGUCGGCGGAGCAAGUGAGACACAAAUUGAGAUCCGCUUCAAGAAGUUGGAGUAUCGAGUUUCUGUCUUUGCGGCAGACAUUCCCGAGCUGAAUACAUACAAAGGUCAAGAGAACCCAACUUUAGCGGAGCUUGAUGGUCUAUCUGAGAUCUGUAUUCCGGGUAAUCUACCAUUGACCAAGCUGGAGUAUCUGUGUAAGAACCUCUAUCAAAAGCUUGGGCGCCGUGCUUUCGCUCUCGAGGCACUUCGGAAACAGCUUCGUUAUUUCGCGGGACGACAAAUUCGAAAUGUCGCCAGUCUUGCUGGUAGCCUGGCCACAGCGAGUCCCAUUUCUGAUUCGGCGCCGUUACUAUUAGCAGCCGGGGCAAAGAUAACCAUUCAGUCCCAGUCAAAAGGAACAUUUAGUAUCCCAGUUGCCUCUUGGUUUGUUCGCUACCGGACAACGGCCCUCCCAGAGGAUGGCAUUAUCACUCAAAUUAUCAUUCCCCUGCCGUCGGAAGAAACACGCGAAGUCACGAAGGCAUACAAGCAGGCUAAGAGAAAGGAUGAUGACAUUGCUAUCGUAACGGCUGGCUUCAGAGUGCGGCUUGACGAAGAAGGCAUUGUUGAAGACUGCGGAUUUGCCUUUGGCGGCAUGGCCCCGACAACAGUGAUGGCUACGAAGGCACAAGAAGCAGUUGCUGGCAGGAAAUGGGCUGAAGCCGCGACACUGGAAGCCGCGACGAAUGCGCUCCUAGAUGAAUUCGAUUUAAGUUUUGGUGUUCCUGGUGGCAUGGCACAAUAUCGACGAGUGCUGACGAUUUCUAUGUUCUUUCGAUUCUGGCAUGAGGUUGUUCACGAGUUAGGCCUUGCAGAUGUUGACGCCGAUCUGAUUCAAGAAAUUCACCGCGACAUUUCCUCGGGUAACCGUGAUAAUUUUACUUCCUCAAUGCUAAACAGAGGGACUCAGACAGUAGGGAGACCGAUUCCUCACUUAUCGGCACUGAAACAUUGCACUGGUGAAGCCGAAUACGUGGAAGAUAUGCCACGACAGCACAAUGAACUAUUCGGCGCGCUGGUUAUGGCCACAAGAGCCCAUGCCACGUUGGACAGCAUUGAUUAUGCACCUGCAUUGAAAAUGCCUGGAGUUGUGGGAUUCAUUGACAAGGACAGCCUACCCGCCGGGGCCAAUAUGUGGGGACCUGUUAUACCCGAUGAACCUCUGUUCGCUGAUGGCAUUGUCCAUUACUACGGCCAGGUGAUUGGAAUGGUGUAUGCAGAGACUGCACUUCAGGCCCGGGAAGCUGCAAAUCGUGUUGAAGUCACCUACACAGAUCUACCUGCAAUAUUCACUAUCGAUGAAGCCAUCAAAUCUAAGAGCUUUUUCAAGCAUGGCAAGGAACUCAGAACAGGUGACGCAGUGGAGGGGAAUCUUGAUGACGCCUGGUCUAAGUGCGACCAUAUCUUGGAAGGCACUACAAAAAUGGGUGGCCAAGAGCAUUUCUAUCUGGAGACGAAUGCGGCUCUUGCUAUCCCACAUGUUGAGGAUGGCUCUAUGGAUGUUUACUGCUCAACACAAAACCUCAUGGAGAAUCAAGUCUUUGUGGCAAAGGUAUUGGGCGUUCCCAUGAGCCGCGUCAAUAUGCGAGUGCGUCGCAUGGGAGGAGCUUAUGGUGGAAAGGAAUCUAGAAGUACGCCCUUUGCUAUGUAUAUGGCAGUCGCAGCACGCAAGGAGUCUCGACCUGUUCGCAUGAUGCUCAAUCGCGAUGAAGACAUUGCUAUCAGCGGUCAACGACAUCCUUUCCAGGCUCGUUGGAAGGUUGGUGUUGAUGCUCAAGGAAAGAUUCAAGUUCUUGAGAUUGACAUGUACAACAAUGGAGGCUACUCACUUGACAUGAGUGGAGCGGUCAUGGAUCGAGCUUGUACCCAUGUUGAUAACUGCUACAACAUCCCCAAUGCUUGGGUUCGUGGAUGGCUUUGCAAGACGAAUACUGUCAGCAAUACGGCAUAUCGCGGCUUUGGGGGUCCCCAAGGCAUGUACAUCGCUGAAAGCAUCAUCUACAAGAUCGCGGAAAGUCUGGAGGUUGAUGUCGAUGAGCUACGCCUUCGUAAUCUCUACAAAUGUGGCCAAAGGACUCCUUUCUUGCAGGAGAUCACCGAUGAUUUCCAUGUUGCCACUAUGUUGGAGCAACUAACCGCCAACUCCGACUUCGAAAAGCGAAAGGCUGCUGUCAAGGUCUUCAACUCGAAGAAUCGCUUCAAGAAGCGAGGAAUAUCAAAAAUUCCAUGCAAGUUUGGUCUGAGCUUUGCGACAGCCCUGCACCUGAACCAAGCUGGAGCAUAUGUAAAGAUAUACGAGGAUGGCUCUAUUCAACUUCAUCACGGAGGAACUGAAAUGGGACAGGGUCUGUACACUAAGAUGUGUCAAGUCGCAGCGGAGGAGCUGCGUGUCAGUGUGGACGACAUUUACAACAAGGAGUCACAAUCUGACCAGAUCGCCAACCCCUCGCCGACCGCAGCAUCAUCGGGAAGUGACCUGAACGGACAAGCUGUCAAAAAUGCAUGCGACCAGUUGAAUGAGCGUUUGGCGCCGUACCGGGAAAAGUAUGGCAUGGAUGCGCCCAUGUCUAAGCUUGUACAUGCCGCAUACCGCGACAGAGUCAACCUAGCGGCAAAUGGUUUCUGGAAAAUGCCUCGAAUUGGGUACGAAUGGGGCAAUUGGAAGAAUCCGCUGCCUAUGUAUUAUUACUGGACUCAAGGGGUUGCGAUUUCCGAAGUGGAGUUGGAUACCUUGACUGGGGACUCGACAGUUCUCAGAACCGACCUGAUGAUGGACAUUGGGCGUUCCAUCAACCCAGCCCUUGAUUAUGGCCAAAUCGAAGGCGCAUUUGUGCAAGGCCAAGGUCUAUUCACGAUGGAAGAAUCAUUAUGGACCAAGACGGGAGAGUUAUUUACCAAAGGUCCUGGAACCUACAAGAUACCUGGCUUCUCCGACAUACCCCAAGUAUUCAACAUUUCAACUUUACAGCAUGACUCUGAAGGCAACCCGAUAUCAUGGGAAUAA